CAGGAGGGGAAACACGUUGUUGGAGAGUUUUAUUGAUUCGCUAGCUCAAUUUCGCGGCAACGUUUUCACACUUUUAUCACAUUUAUUGAAUUAAAAGCACGUCUUCUUUUUCCAAGAGGAAGUUAAUACAGGUUUGCCGCCAUGUGGAUCCAGGUGCGCACUAUGGAUGGCAAGGAGACCCAUCGGGUCGACUCCCUGUCCAAGCUCACCAAGGUGGAUGAGCUGCGUGGGAAGAUAUUGGAACUCUUUAACGUGGAACCGGACAGGCAAAGACUCUUUUACAGAGGCAAACAGAUGGAAGAUGGUCACACCCUCUUCGACUAUAAUGUGGGCUUGAACGAUAUCGUACAACUGCUAGUGCGACAGAGUGCCCCUUCUGCACCGCUAGCGAAGGACAAGGAGGCCGAGCUGUCCGACUCUGACUCUGGUUGCGGUUCGGCCCAGAGCGAGUCCGAUAAGAGCUCAACGCACGGCGAGAGCGAAGCUCAGAGCUCAACGCACGGCGAGAGCGAAGCUCAGAGCGCCGGAACCUCAGGCCAAACUGACACACCGGACCUCAUCAACCCGGGCUUUGGGUUUUACAAGAUAAAUGAGUUUGUGGAUGCUCGAGACUUGAACAUGGGAGCUUGGUUUGAGGCACAGAUCAUCAACGUGACAAAGUCCUCUGGAGAAGAAGGUGGAACUAACGGAGAAGAGAUAAUUUACCAUGUCAAAUAUGAAGAUUACCCAGAGAAUGGCGUAGUGCAGCUACGUGGUAAGGAUGUUCGCCCACGAGCGCGCACCAUUUACCAGUGGCACCAGCUGGAUCAGGGCAUGAUCGUGAUGGUGAACUUUAACCCUGAUGAGCCCAAGGAGCGUGGCUACUGGUACGACGCUGAGAUCCAGAGGAAGAGGGAAACGCGAACCCAGCGCGAAGUUUUCGGCAAGAUUCUGCUUGGGGAUGCUGGCGAUUCUCUGAACGACUGUCGUAUAAUGUUCGUGAACGAAAUCUACAAGAUCGAGGAACCAGGAAGUUCUGAGGGACCCGGAGCCUCUUCCGACAGCCCUCUCAAGAGGUCAAAUGGGCCGGAGUGUAAAGUUUGCAAAGACGAUCUGAAGAAGAACUGUCGCAUGUGUAAUUGUCACGUGUGUGGCGUGAAGCAGGAUCUUGAUAAACAGCUACUGUGUGAUGAAUGUGACAUGGCGUUCCACACCUACUGCCUGAACCCGCCGCUAACCACCAUCCCAGAAGAUGAGGACUGGUACUGUCCAGAGUGUCGCAAUGAUGCCAGCGAGGUGGUUCUGGCUGGAGAGAAGCUAAAGGAAAGCAAGAAGAAAUCCAAGAUGGCAUCAGCGAGCUCGUCUAGUCAGAGGGACUGGGGAAAGGGUAUGGCAUGUGUGGGCCGCACCAAACAGUGCACCAUCGUCCCAUCCAACCAUCACGGUCCCAUUCCCGGAGUGCCAGUGGGAACUCAGUGGAAGUUUAGAGUGCAGGUGAGUGAAUCAGGAGUUCACAGGCCUCAUGUCGCAGGAAUUCACGGCAGGAGUAACGAUGGCGCGUAUUCUCUCGUCCUAGCCGGAGGCUAUGAAGACGACGUGGAUGAUGGUAAUCAGUUCACAUACACGGGCUCUGGGGGUCGCGAUCUCUCUGGAAACAAGAGAACAGCUGAACAGUCCUGCGAUCAGAAGCUCACCAAUAUGAACAGGGCACUAGCUUUGAACUGCAAUGCCGCAGUGAACGAGAAAGAAGGGGCGGAGGCCAAAGACUGGAAGGCGGGGAAACCCGUGCGAGUGGUGCGAAGCUCCAAGGGUCGCAAACACAGCAAGUACUGUCCCGAAGAUGGCAACCGAUAUGACGGAAUUUACAAGGUGGUGAAGUACUGGCCAGAGAAAGGCAAGUCUGGCUUCCUUGUUUGGAGAUACCUACUGAAACGAAACGAUGACGAACCAGCGCCAUGGACACGUGACGGAAAAGAGCGCAUUAAGAAACUGGGGCUCACCAUGCAGUAUCCUGAGGGUUAUCUGGAGGCUGUGGCUGCGAAAGAAAAGGAGAAGGAGAACAAAAAUGAAGAGGACAUCGAAGAAACACCCACCAAGGGCAAGAGAAAGAGGAAAUCUCAGACCGUGGAUGAGAAGAGUUCUCCAGCCAAAGGCACACCUAAGAAGAUGAAGGUGGAAGCGUAUAAACUGAGUAAAGAGCAGAAAGCUUUGAUCAAAGAUGAUGAGCUGAAUAAGAAACUGUGGGAUGAAGCCAUGGAGUGUAUCAGUCUCGGACCGCGGUUCCUGAAUAAAGUUGAGGAGGUUUUCCUGUGCAUCUGCUGUCAGGAAGUCGUCUAUCAGCCAAUCACGACAGAGUGCCAACACAAUGUCUGCAGGGAAUGCCUUCAACGAUCUUUCAAAGCCGAGGUCUACACUUGUCCAGCUUGCCGACACGACUUGGGCAAAAACUACCAAAUGGCAGUGAACAAACCCCUUCAAGCUAUCCUCACCCAACUUUUCCCCGGAUACAGCAGUGGCCGGUGAUGAUACUCCUGCUGUCCGUGAACUACGACGGCAACAAGACGCAAUUCCACAAAUGAAAAUUUCGUUUUUUUAAUAUAUUUAAUGUAUGUUAAGACGUUUCAGGUUGUAGGAUUGAUUUGAAAAACUUUGCCUUGAUUGAAAUCUGCUACUUGAUUUGGCCCUGUUUUGUGAUCUGCCUAUUAUCUAGCCAGUUGAUUUUUGUCCGUAGUCGGUAUUUUUUUUUUUUUUUUUUUUUUU